AUGAUGACUAAUAUAAGAACAUUGUCUUCCUGGAGUAUUGACUGUUUACUGAGCUUGAAGAGUGUUUAUGUUCAUGGUUUGAUUGAGAAAAGAAUAGAACCAGCAGUGCCAGUUGACCUUGCGUUGCACCAAAUGCUAGGAAAGCUCCUUUCUUUCUCUCACAAAACCCUAAACCAAAACCCUAAAUCACUAUCUCUUCGCAUUUCUCACUUACUAAACCACACUCUCUCUCAAGACCCACAUGACCCACCAUUUUCUCCCAUCAGAAAACCCAAACCCAAACCCAAGAACACCACCAAACCUAAAGAACCAUCGGAGCCGAAUAAAAACCCGAAACUCCCAGUAAAAUCAGACCUUCCAUUUGACUUCAGACACUCAUAUUCUGAGUCAAAUCCUGCAAUUGAGCCAAUUGGGUAUCGUGAACCGAAACGGUUUUCUCCAUUCGGACCCGGUCGGCUUGAUAGGAAAUGGACUGGUACUGCUGCUCUGACCCAGUUGGAGGCGGACAUGGAGAAGGUAAUGGAGGAGAGGAAUCGGGUACUUGGGGACCCACCUACGGAGGAGGAGGUGGCGGAGCUUGUGGAGCGGUAUCGCCAUAGUGAUUGCUCUAGGCAAAUCAAUUUAGGGAAGGAAGGGGUUACUCACAAUAUGUUGGAUGAUAUUCACAAUCAUUGGAAGAGAGCUGAAGCUGUGAGAAUCAAGUGUUUGGGAGUGCCAACUGUUGAUAUGGACAAUGUUUGUUUUCAUCUUGAGGAUAAAUCUGGUGGGAAGAUUAUCUAUAGGGACAUCAAUAUCCUUAUUUUGUAUCGGGGUCGAAACUAUAAUCCUAAGAACAGGCCUGUUGUUCCUCUCAUGUUGUGGAAACCUUAUGCCCCAAUAUAUCCCAAGCUUGUCAAGAACGUGGCCGAUGGUUUGACAUUUGAAGAGACGAAAGAAAUGAGAAAUAGAGGAUUGAAUUGUGUGCCCUUGAUGAAACUUACCAGGAAUGGUGUGUAUGUGAAUGUGGUUGCGACGGUGAGGGAUGCUUUCGAGACCGAGGAGGUUGUGAGACUAGACUGCAAACAUGUGGGUAUGAGUGACUGCAAAAGGAUUGGUUUGAAACUGAAGGAUUUGGUACCUUGUGUUCCUAUUUUAUUCAAGGAAGAGCAGAUUAUUCUCUGGAGGGGCAGGAGAGAUCAAGAACAUGAACCAUAA